AUGCUUGCCCGUACCCUUGCUGUGAACAACGCUGCUGCUCUUAAGCAGACCGCCACUCGCUCCUUCGCCUCGCAGGCUACCUCCAUUCCCACCCCUGCACCUGCCGAGCAAAAGACUAUUCACCCCAAGAAGUAUGGUGGUAUUAGCCGUGUUACCCUUAUUCCUGGUGACGGUAUUGGUCAAGAAAUUGCUGCCUGUGUCAAGGAUGUCUUUAAGGCUGCCGAUGCUCCUGUUGAAUUUGAGCAAUAUGAUGUCUCUGGUUUGACCUCUGAGGAUGACUCUCUCUUCCAACAAUCCCUUGCUUCGCUUCGUCGCAACAAGGUUGGUCUCAAGGGUACUCUUUUCACUCCCACCUCCAAGCUUGGCCACCGCUCUUUCAACGUCCUUAUGCGUAAGGAUCUUGACAUGUACGCCUCGCUCUCUCUUAUCAAGAACAUCCCUGGUGUCCCUGCCCGCUUGAACGAUGUUGAUAUUGCUGUCAUUCGUGAAAACACUGAAGGUGAAUACUCUGGCUUGGAACAUCAGUCUGUUCCUGGUGUUGUUGAAUCCCUCAAGAUUAUCACCCGUGCCAAGACUGAACGUAUUGCUCGUUUCGCUUUUGACUUUGCUCUCAAGAACAACCGCAAGAAGGUCACUGCCGUUCACAAGGCUAACAUCAUGAAGCUCGCUGAUGGUCUCUUUUUGCGCACCUGCCGUGAUGUUGCCAAGGAGUACGAACACCAUGGUAUCCAAUUCAACGACAUGAUUGUUGAUAACACUUCCAUGCAACUUGUCUCUCGUCCUCAGCAAUUCGAUGUCAUGGUCAUGCCUAACUUGUAUGGUAACAUUGUUUCCAACGUUGGUGCUGGUUUGAUCGGUGGUCCUGGUCUUGUUCCUGGUUGUAACAUUGGCCGCGAGUAUGCCAUGUUCGAACCUGGUUGCCGUCACGUGGGUCUUGACCUCCAGAACAAGAACGCCGCCAACCCCACUGCUAUGCUUUUGUCCUCUGUCAUGAUGUUGAGACACUUGAAUGAAGAUGAGGUUGCCAACAGAAUCUCCAGCGCUGUCUAUGAGACCAUUACCACCAAUGCUGCGAGAACCGCUGAUAUGGGCGGUAACAGCACCACCAAGGAGUUCACCUCUGCUGUCAUCUCCAGACUGUAA